GAGCACAAAGGAUGUUGGAUAGGUAAUCAAAUAUGGAGAUAAAUAUUUUCGUUCCCUUUUGAUAAAGACAGCAAUAUUGGGUAUUGGAGCUGGGUGACAUGACAACUAACAUAUCAUUUACAAAGUCAAGGUCGUUGGGGUCUGUAAUGUGUUGUGCUCAGACAAAGUUGCGUCACAUACAAAAGGGAAAAGGAGGCGAAAAUAACAAUCCUAUUCACCAUAUUACUUUUAAUACAACACCACACAUUCAAUAUUGUGGUGAUUAUAAUUUAGAUACAAACGUAUAUCGUACCUCAGGAUUCGUAUCAAAUAUAAGACCAUUUAUUCGAUACAGCGGUAAACUCGAUGAGAAAGACAACACAGCCUUCAGGUAUUCAUUUCAAGAUCGAUAGUGAUGAUUAUCAACAGAAACAUACUGAGCACUAAUUACCUUUCCACAAAUCAUAAAGAUUUCUUGGCAUACUCCAUACCAUCUGGGAAAGAAACUUUACCUUAUCUUGCAGAACAACUAGUGAACGAAACAAAGGUACCAAAAGCAUUUUCGACAGAAAAUAAUAUUUUAGACCAGAAAGCUAAGGAUAUUUUUACUCCGAUACUUCCGAAGGAGAAAUUUGUACUGUCAAGAAAAGCAGGUUCUUGUAACAUAGAAAAUGAAGACUAUUGUCAUGGUCCCAAUACACAUUCUACGACCCACGUGGUCCAUUAUGGUCAAAUUGAAUCAAGACCGUAUGAUAUGUUCAAAGUUACUGUCGGUCGUAAGGAAGAAUCUGGAUCUACUCGUAGUAUAAGCAAUUUUGACGCAAUCAGCAACUGCUUUAGAUACUCGUUUAAAACUGUUCAAACAGGCUGUAAAACUGAUAAAUUAACAAGCCAAACUACUUAUAUGAGUGAUUUUAGACCUUUUUGUCAUAAAAAUGGUUCUGAGUCUUUCUCAAACUGGUUAGGCAACAUAUCUUACCAAAAGCCAACUGGUUAUGUUAUUCAAAAUAAACUUUGGCCUGAAUAUAAAAGUCAUCAUUCAUAUUACAUAUUUAAACACUCUGAUGGCUUUCCUGAAGUAUAUUUGGAAAAGUUAAUGAGGACGGAUUCAGACGAAUGUAAAAGUGCUAUUCAUGGAUUCAUAGAAUCAAGUAUAACAAAGAGCUCACAGAACGAUUUACAAAAUCAACCUAAAUCACCAGCUGAACUGUUAGGUAGAGUGACCGUCGGUCGACUAGAAACGAGUGGUUCCGCUUUGAAUAUUUCUGGAUAUGUUAAAAGUCAAGAUACGCCACCAGAUCGUCGUGUAUCACACAGUAUGAAUCAAUUUUGCAACCCACCACCUGGUCAAGAAGAUGGAGAUCGAGGUUACAUUCUCUUUAAUAUACAACCUCCCAAAGAAACAGCGACUUCAAGAUCAGUUAGACUACAUUAUCUCGAACCACAAACACCAUCAACUGACAAAUUGGGUACCUAUGAUCCCUACCAAUCAAAGUAAGUAUUUAUUCAAAAAAUUCCUUACAAAGUACUGAACUUCAUGAAUUACAUUUGUAAACAUUAUUCACUUGAAAUAAUCCAAACUAUGUAUUGUCAUAAACCAUACUCUCUAAAAUACUUUAUCUUUUUAAAUAGUCACACAGCUCAUUCUGAUCCCUUCACUCAAAUCCUUUCAAAAGUUUAGAAGUGAAUUUUCUCAACGUUAUGUUCCUUAUGUCACACAAGUAUCGCAAAUUGACUGAAUUAUAGUUGAAAUAGUACAAAUGAGAAAUCAUAUGCAUUUAUCUUUCUUAUCACUAUCAAGAGCUUUGCUCAAAAGCCUGGAAUUCAUUGGAUGAUAUGCAAACGUACGAAAAAACUACAGAGCAUAUUUCUAAAUGUCUGUUUAUUGACAGGUAUUAAGGUAAUUAAUAAUCAAUUCACGUUCUUUUAAAAAAAGUAACAAUCAAUUUAAUUCAAAAGGUACAACCUAGACCUAGUGAAAUGUGUUUAAAAUAUAUUUCAAUUUGACUGGAUAAACUUGGAGCUACUGCAGAAGCAUGACUUCAAUGAAACAUGCGAUUUCUAGGAUCGUAUGAAAAACAGACACCUACCAGUUGAACAAUAGAAAUAUUAGUUAGUAAUUAGACUAUUUUAGAUAACGUUUGUUGGGAGACUGAAUCUCAUAGGCAGAGCUGAUAAUUAAAGCUGAGGAAUAUCGUCAGUUACUACUGAGGAUAAAUUAGUACUCACUAGGUAAUCUAGUCGACUGAGCUGGAGGAUUAAACUCUUGACUAGGUCACAACUUUGCUUUUUCUCUGAUUGCAUAUGGAUGUUAAGCAUCUUAUGUUCUAUGUUGAUGUUAAUCCGUUCUAUCAUAUUUUCUUGUUUUCAGAAGCAUUUCAGCAAGAGAUACACUUCUCAAUCGGACGACGAAGAAUAUUAUUUGACUUUCUAUUUACCAUUACUGUUUAGCCAAAAUAUUAGUUGAAUUAAAAAAAAAAUAAGUUGGUUCACUGUUCUAAAAUGUUUUCUGGUAAAUUCAUGUCACUGACGGUAAAUAAGUAGUAUACUGACAAUUAAUAACCUCAACUUUCAAAAUGCUUGGUAAU